UGUUACCAGAAGAGUCAGCAGUCUCGUCACAUGAUAGCGACGGGUGUGCGUGAGAUUCCGUUUGAUCCCUCGAUGCAGAAAUUAAAGAAUUGCUAGAGGAAAGCGCCGGUCCGUUUGACUUUUCCGGAGUGCCGACCGCAAUCCGAGGAGAUCGCUCGUAAUUCCCGUCGCGCGAACAGUGCAAUUAACUAUCGACGAUGAGGUACAUCUUGGGUAACACAUUUGCAAUCACCGCCUCGGUGACAAUUCUUAUUUUAGUUUUAUAUUAUGUGUUCACUGGCAAGGGAGAGCAGAUUAGUGUCGCAUGGUUCUUGACAAAUACCACCCCAUAUAUGUGGUCCAGCUUGGGCAUAGGUCUAUCAGUAGCUCUGUCUGUAGUAGGCGCAGCGUUGGGUAUCCAUACGACGGGGGUGUCGAUCGUCGGCGGAGGUGUGAAAGCACCCAGGAUCAAGACGAAGAACUUAAUUUCUGUGAUAUUCUGCGAGGCCGUGGCCAUCUACGGCUUGAUCACUGCCAUUGUCCUAUCCGGAAUGCUAGAGAGGUUUUCUUACGCAAAGAUCGAGGCUAACGAGGAGCUCCGCAUUGAGAAUUGGAUGUCGGGGUAUCUGAUGUUCGGAGCUGGCCUCUCCGUCGGGCUGGUCAAUCUUUUCUGCGGCAUAGCAGUCGGCAUCGUGGGCUCCGGCGCGGCUCUCGCCGACGCGGCUAACUCCGCCCUCUUCGUGAAGAUCCUCAUAGUCGAGAUCUUCGGUUCCGCGAUUGGACUCUUCGGCUUGAUCGUCGGCAUUUAUAUGACGUCAAAGGUGAAAAUGGGCGACAAGGUGUAGGUAUAUGUAAAUCGCGAGAGAACAAGCCAUGGAGUAUUACUGGGAUCGCAAUGCUUCAUUCCACACAUACUCGUCAGCAAAGUGUCCUAGAGGAGCGACUGCAUAUCUCCGGAUUCGUUGUAAAAUCAUAAAACUUUUUUUAGGUACCAAAACGUGAACUUGGUAUAUAUCGCUGUACGUCCCGCUGAUGCGGUUGAUUACAGCGACCUGGUUCAACGUUCACUCUAAUAUUCACACUUCCGAAUAGUCUUACAUCGUUUUAGACGCGUCUCUCUCCCUACAUCCUUUGAAAGUUAAAAGUGACGAAAAUUAAGUGGAAAUCAUGGGCUUUGAUUUUUACCGACAGUAGAAAGCAACGUAAUCCUUGUUUUGUACUUUGAGUGCGUUGUAGCGCUCGCUUUUGCGUGAAUCAAUGUACAUACGUGUCCCCGAUCGACGUACAAGUAAUAGAGUAACAAUACCUAGAAGUAAUAUCUGUAAUAAUUUAACCCCUACGUGUAUAAUCACACACACAUACAUGUGUAUGUAUAUCUUUAAUUAUUGGAAACAUUGUUGGCUGUUUAUAAAAAUUAGCGCAAGCUGUUGGUGCCGCUUAAAAAGUAUUAAAAAUAUUUAUUCAACAAUAUAAAAUUUCUGAUUAUCAAAGGUCGGUGCUUGCUCCUCAUGUUUAAGGUACUGAAGCAGACGUACCUUUGAUAUAAUGAACAUUCUGAUUAUGAACAUUCUUCUAGCGUGUAAAAUAUUUCUGUUGUAAAAUAUAUAUAUAUAUAUAUACA